AUGCCGCGACGUGAGCAUACAACUCAAGAACGUGCAAUCUCGGGGACAGCAGCCGAUCCGCCAAGAGAGCCAGGCAGGGCCGCGCACGACGGGGCCAACGAGGAUGGGUGGCAGACGGAUAGCCGCGAGACUGAGGGUAUAAGUGAGGAGAUGUCGGGCGGCAAUUUGACUCUGCAGGUGGAAGACGGGGAGGGGGAUGAUGUUGAGGAGCUCGUGAACGGGGCGGGGAUCAGGCUGGAUGAACCGUGUUCAAACUUGCCUUUACUACGGGCGCAGGAACUUAAAAUUAUAGGUCGUUCUGUGACCUUUCUUGGCGAGACAACCGCUGAGGGUCAACGGGUGCUACUGCAUUACGAGGGAGUGGUAACAAUGAUAACGAAGGACACUGUGGUAUUGCUUCAGGUUCGCAGGUACACGAAAGAGGACUUUGCAAAGUAUCAAGAGAAGCUGCACGCAGCGAAGAAGGCGCAAAGAAGUGAGGCUGAGGGGGGGAGGCAUCGUGGCAGGGAUCGCCAUGGGUCUGAAACGGCGCUUGAGGGCGCGGAGAUGAUGCAGUUUUCGGCGGCCAGUGAAUCCAAUAGUAACGGGGAGGUGCCUCAUGGGGUGAAUGGAGUUGAUUGCAAUAUCCUCGUACACCGAGACUCACGAGAAAAUGCAGAAGAAUCGGAGCCAGAGCCGCCGCUGACGCGUCAAAACCGUCUACUGGGAGCGGGAACGAUGGGACCGGUGCCAUACAUGACUUUUUCGCGCCGUCGUAUUCAUGACGUGGUUUUUGGGCAGGAUCCACCAUGUUCAUUAUACUCCAUUUUUCAAAACCCCUCAAGGAAAUUUUUUGAUAUGCAAUGCUUACGAAUGUUUGUCCGGCGCUAUCUCGUGCAUACGAGCCAGAGAAACAAUCCACGUAACAUAAACUUGCGCCCUUUUAUUGAGUGGAGAUGCAACUGUAAAGGGAUCGAUGCUGGAUUGCUUCUCAACACUGCCAAGCAGGAGUUAGCAUACCUUAUUAAGACGGAACGCGAAAUGGCAAAGGCCGCCGAACGUUCGGCCAUUAGUAGAAGAAAUCUUUUUAGCAACUAUGAACCUUCUCAUCGAUUAUUCCGUUCAACGGGUAUCCUUUUCCUCACACGCAUUCCUGCCCAAACAUUUUCUCUUGCUAUACUUGAGAUGUUUGUGGCACUCAUGCUGCUUGGCUUUUCAGUGUACUCCUUCGCCACGGCACCAGCUGUAGUGAUAUACGGUUACGUGAAGGAUUAUACAUUUACCGUGACACUUGCUGGCGUGGUUAGCCUGUUAUCAAGCGGUAUGACGGCACUUCAUUCUCUUCGAAUGCGCUUACCACUAACGUUUUCUAUUUACACAACACUUCGUCUUGUAGCUGCAACAUUGGCAAUUGCUCUGAAUACGAUGACGUUAGUCAUGAUCGCAGGAGCAGUGAGCUAUUCCCACAUACUUGGAUACCUUUACCGAAUUGCGCAAGAGUCAACCGAGCUGUGUGGCUAUUACUCAUUCCAUAACUGUACGGGGUUUGAUACUGAAUGCGGAGUAGACAACCCGUCUCCUCUGUGUAUGCAAUCGUGGUGCCCAUCAAAUCGCACCCAGACUUGCUCCCAACCCAUCACAUCUACUUUGCUUCGCAUUUUUGUUCCCUUCAUUGUGAUUCCUAUGGUGUUGGUAGCCUUGUUCCUAAUUGAUCACCUCUUGCACUACCGCCUUUUCCAAACAUCGAGGUUGAUGAUGUCACGCAUGUAG